CCACCUAAAAUAAACCGCCAAGACGAGAAAGAAGGCGAUUCAAAAAGCAAAGGCUAUCGUACAGUCACACUAAAUUGCCUUCCAUCGCCGCUCCAUCUCACUCUUCUCUUCUCCUCUCAUCGCUUCCGCAAUCUUCAGGUUGAAAAAUGGCGGGAAAAGGCGGGAAGGGACUUUUGGCUGCAAAGACCCCUGCUGCGAACAAAGAUAAGGACAAGGACAAGAAAAAACCGAUCUCUCGAUCCUCUCGUGCUGGUAUACAGUUCCCUGUGGGACGAAUUCACAGGCAUCUUAAAACAAGAAUAUCUGCCAAUGGGCGAGUUGGUGCGACUGCUGCAGUGUACCUAGCAUCAAUUCUGGAGUAUCUCACCGCGGAAGUGCUGGAGUUGGCUGGAAAUGCGAGCAAGGAUUUGAAAGUGAAGAGGAUCACUCCAAGACACCUUCAGCUGGCCAUUAGAGGAGAUGAAGAACUUGAUACACUGAUCAAAGGAACCAUUGCUGGAGGUGGUGUGAUCCCUCAUAUUCACAAGUCCCUCAUUAACAAAGCCUCCAAGGAUUGAGACAUUCACUCAUAUAUAUCUCUAAGUAGUUUAGCCUUCUAAGACUGUAGAUGAAGACAUUUAGUUAGCAUCCCAAGGAUUUAGCUUCCCUGCUUGCUUUUGUGAAGCUUUGUUACUCUCCCACACCCUCUUUUAUCUAUUUGGUUGGACAAGUAUAUUUGUUCAGUGUAAUAUUGUUAUCUUGUUGGAUGGUUUUUAAUUUAGCUUACUUUCUAUCAGUUUGUUGGAUUGUUCAAA